CAGCUUUACUCUACUAAGAAAAAACCCUGGACCAUUUUUUAAGAAAGCUCUGAUUUAACAACCGUCUUCAAUAACAGUAUGGAAUGAUUCUAUUGGAAAAUGUUUUUGCCCAGAAUGUUUUAUGCACUUUAAUGGGAUAACAAUUCUUGCUGUUGGUAUUCUCUGGAAAGACUAAUCUGACAUUUUCAAGGAGGCCGAUAAUGCCGCUUCCCAUAGUUGACUCCUGACAUCUUGUCUUACAAUGAGCGAGGAUGGAUAGCUCAACCAGCCCGACAGCAGAGUCUGCUGUUUCCAAUGGAUUUGUCAACAGUGUGUUUAAUAUUUCGCUAGACGAGGAAAGUAAAACAGGGAUCUCAUGGAUUCCAGAGCCCAACUCCUCAGAGCCCGUCAUUCCCUGUCAGACCCUCAGAAGAGAGAAGCCAGAACCCAACCAGCGGUCCAGAUCCGCUGUCAUUUGGAGGAUUCUGAACCGCCGCAAGACCCCUUCUGACCUGGACCGGCGACCUCACUCUAUGGUCCUCCCAGGCGAAGCGUCCUUUCUUAAACUGUCCAUCAAAAACAAGGUGAGGUCCUUCAAGAAAUUAAAGUCCCCAUCUGUCUUUAAAGGGAAAACUGGUAAGCUAUCCAGUGUCAAAUUCAACAGCAACUUGAAAGAAGACGUGGAUGACGUAUAUAUGUGCAAGGACUCUCCCUCCUCAGAGCACAAUAACUUUUCUAGGAAUAAAGCCAAGAGACAUUCAUUUGCAGGACACACUACAGACUUCUACUGUUCGUUUGAGGACAUAGACCCAGCUGGAACUCCAGAGAGUGAACACAAGGCGCUCAAGGACACAGCUAGUCACCAAAAUGCAUGCUGUCCUAAGUUAUCCGAAAGAGAAACGUACACAAAGAAAGCUCACUCCAACACAUCAAACUGCAACAAUUCAUCUGUGAUGGACCAUGAAGAACGAUACGUGAAGCAAAGUCUCAAGAUACCUCAAAGAAGACAAUGGUCAAAGGGGGGCGAUGUUUUGAAUUACUUGAGAAGAAUUUCCCUCAAAGGACGGGGAAGUUCGCCUUUGGCCGAGAGUAGUUUUGAGUCUAUGAAUACCCUGGACAAAACCAUUGACUCUGACUACGGCUCGGUCAACUUUGAAUUCGUGAAAGAUUUGAACCCUGCACCUGAGCAAACGGGGCUUGAUGGCAAAAGCAGCCAUUUUAGAGGCCUAUUCAGAUUUUUCAACAGUGUGGCAGAGACCGCCAUGAGAUGGAGAAACUCAUCUCGCACAUUCUCCCCCCCUGAAGGACAGAGAUCCCCUCAGGACUUGCAAACAACUCAACCAUCAGAGCUCAUCCACAAUAUGCCGUUGACUUUGAGGAGUCAGCAUAAAACCGAUAGCUCAGAUAAUGGUAAAUCUAAAUUAUCCACUGACUUGGCAUGCAAGGUGGUCUUACCAGCCAAUGCCACAGUGGGUGGCUCUCCUGCUGUGGUGCUGAAGGCCUGGAGGACAUGUCCAGUCUCUCCACCAGAUAACAGUUCCCUGUGUAAUGACUCGGAUGGAUCUCAAUCGCAGCUCAACUCGAUUCACAUCUCUCUAGCCACCAUUGAGAACCAUUCAAGAUGUGAAGAAGCAGAGAAGAGCCCCUGCUCAGAGCCACUGGACCAGAGAGAUUCUGAAACUUUUGAACACUCAGAUCGGAUGAAGCACUUAUCUAGCACAACAGUAGAUGAAAACCAAGAUAUUUGCAUUGCAAAUAAGAAGAAAAUACCAAAUUGUCCAGAGAACUUAUUUAAGGCCCUCUCUCGUCCUGUUGGCCAGUCGCCUGCAGAUCCUCCAUUUAAAGUUCUGCUACAGCGAUGUCGCUCACUGCCAUUGCCCACCACGCUCUUGGCUCUAGAGCCACUGGACCUGAUGCAUGCGCUCACUCCAGCAGUGAAGUCAAAAACUCAGUCAGGUGUUCUCGGCAUGAGGAACAGCAGCAAAGGAUCCAACCGCCAGAAGCUGUUCAGACCAGGAUCAGGGCCGCUGCAUGUCAACAUGUUGAUCAGUGGGGGUUCAGUGGUCAGCGCAGAGGCAGUAUGGGAUCAUGUAACGAUGGCAGAGAGGGAGCUGGCGUUCAAGGCCGGAGACCUCAUAAAAGUCCUCGAUGCCUCCAACAAAGACUGGUGGUGGGGCCAAAUCGAUGAGGAGGAGGGCUGGUUCCCCGCCAGCUUUGUGAGGGUUGAUCCGCACCCUCUUCAAUCUUACACAAAACCAGUUUUCUAUAUCAACCCUAUAGCAACUCCAAGAUUCCAUAACACAACGGCAAAGCUGUGGGUAAACCAGGAAAAUGGGGCCACAGAAACAGUGGAGGGUACCAAUGAGGUGCAGAAUGGACACAUUGAUCCAGGCAACGGUUGUCUACGUAUUGGCCAACCACUUCAGAACCGAGAUCAGAUGAGGGCCAAUGUUAUCAAUGAGAUCAUGAGCACUGAACGUCACUACAUCAAACACCUGAAGGACAUAUGCGAGGGAUAUUUGAGGCAGUGCAGAAAGAGGAUUGACAUGUUCAAUGAUGACCAACUAAAAGUGAUCUUUGGGAACAUUGAGGAUAUCUACAGAUUUCAAAUGGGAUUUGUGCGAGACUUGGAGAAACAGUACAACAUUGAGGAACCCCAUCUCAGUGAAAUGGGGCCAUGCUUCUUGGAACAUCAAGAUGGCUUCUGGAUCUACUCAGAGUACUGCAACAACCAUCUGGAUGCCUGCAUGGAGCUUUCUAAGCUGAUGAAGGAUGGUCGCUAUCAGCACUUCUUCGAGGCCUGUCGUCUCCUCCAGCAGAUGAUUGACAUCGCCAUAGACGGCUUCCUGCUAACUCCUGUGCAGAAAAUCUGCAAGUAUCCACUCCAGCUGGCAGAGCUGCUCAAGUAUACAGCACAGGAACAUAGUGAUUACCGUUAUGUGGCAGCAGCACUGGCGGUCAUGCGGAACGUCACCCAACAAAUCAAUGAACGCAAAAGAAGACUGGAGAACAUUGACAAGAUUGCUCAGUGGCAGGCCUCAGUGCUGGAAUGGGAGGGUGAUGAUAUUCUGGACAGAAGUUCAGAGUUGAUCUACACAGGUGAGAUGUCGUGGAUAUAUCAGCCAUAUGGCAGGAGUCAGCAGCGAGUCUUCUUUCUAUUCGAUCAUCAGCUGGUUUUGUGCAAAAAGGACCUGAUACGACGGGACAUACUUUACUACAAAGGCCGCAUUGACAUGGACAGGCAUGAUGUGAGAGAUGCUAUUGAUGGCCGAGACGACGACUUUAACGUCAGCGUGAAGAAUGCGUUCAAGCUGCACAACAAAGACACGGAGGAGAUUCACAUCUUUCUGGCCAAGAAACUGGAGGAGAAGAUACACUGGCUAAGAGCUUUUCACGAGGAACGCAAGAUGGUGCAGGAGGAUGAAAAAAUAGGUUUUGAAAUUUCUGAAUAUCAGAAACGACAAGCUGUCAUGACCGUACGUAAAGUGACCAAACAGAAAGGUGUGAGUCCGAGCAGGUGUUUAGCUCCAUAUUACCCAUCAUACCCGCCAGACCACUCGACUCACGGACACUACAUGCUCUUUGUUGAAACACCACAGUCUGAUGUUGAAUUCCAGCUCACCAAAUCAGGACAAUCUCCAUUCUGGCUGAACUUUAAUAAGAUAACAGUAUUAAAAAAUGGCAAAAAAUAGUUCACUUUGUGUCUGAAUACUCCCAGAACUGGACUUGACAAUCAUGAUUCAGAUGUGCUUCUACCUGCCCAUAUUUAUACUGUAUCAUUCUCUGUAACUGUAUCUUGACCUUUAUUUUGCCUUGUGGAAUCUGAAGGCAAUAUUCAGCAGAACUGACAGACAUAAGGUGCUUGAUGGCUUGCUUUGAAAAUGGAUGUAUCAAGUGUUCUGUAUAGUUCUGGAUGAUCAAAGACUAUUCAUUCCACGGUCUAACUCGUGUCUUCAGGUUGAUCAUGAAGAUAAUUUGAGCAUGAGGUGAUUCACGUGUCACUUUAAAAGUGUACCAUACACUACACCAUAAAUACAGGACAAGGAAUGUGAGUUAUAAACAAUAUUAAUUACCAAUUCUUCGAAACAGGGUCUCACUUUCUCAUUAGCAGAGGUGUUUUAGUCAUUUCGGGGAAAACAAUGUUUGCCAAUAUGAUUAUUCUUAGUCUUAGUUAAGCGUUAGUUAAUAUUCCAGCAUUGUAGACAUGUCACAUAUUUGUAUCAUGCUCUACUCAGUGUUUUAUAUUGCCUGAACUCAUAUGGUGAAUAUACACCGAUCAGCCACAACAUUAAAAUCACCUGCCUAAUAUUGUGUAGGUCCC